AAAAAAUCCUAAUAAAGGGAAAAAGAGUACACCUAGCGCCCCCAACAAAAAACAAGGAAGGUAAGUCCCCUCCGGCAUAAUCAAUCUAGCUUAACUCAUCUUCAAUCGACUCAGCUCUUGUUCCUGCUAAUGUGUGAUAUUUUCUGCUCUUCUAGAAACUAUGACCCCUCAAUCCCCCAAUCCCCACUCUUUGAGGCGAGUGGAGACAAGGUGAAAAUGAGUAAAGUCAUCUCUGUAGCUACACAUUUAUCAUACAUAUAAAAUCUUUUUCUUGGGAUUUAUGUUUCCUAUCGGGAGUUCGUUAUUCGAAACAAGUGGAGAUGUGAAUUGUUAAUGUAAUGAUUAAAUACUUAGUAGAAUGGAUGUGUGAGCCAUUCGUAAGCAACGGUCGCCACUCGAGGAAUGACUAAGACCGGUCUUCGUGCCCGACUUGGUCGGGGCUUUGUGCCUGAGGAGUCAGGGCUUUAAAUCCUAGUGAUGGGUCUCAAGCCGCACUCUACUAGGCAUUUGAUCAUAAGUGCGUGCUAGUGUGACAUUAAUCCGACAAAAAAUAUUGAUUAAAAUAAAUAUAAAUAACAUUAAAAAUUAAAGAUACUUAUCUUUUUGAAGUGGGCUAAAAUAUUGGACUGUGUAGGCUGAUAAAGAAAUUGGGCCUUUAUUCCCAAUUGGGCUGCUCCAGCAGAUUUGGACCAUCCUCCACUGCGUCAAAUUUGAAUUUUGAACAGAUCAGCCUCCCCUAGCACAAUAUAUGCCCAUACUGACAGGUUUGACAACUUUCAUUUUUGGCAAAGGGAACAGCCACAACGUGACCAGCACCCCAACCAGUACAUUUGUAGUGUAGCUCGUCCAGGUACAUCUGUACUGUAGCUCGUCCAGGGGACCUGCGAUACAUUCCUCAAGACCAGUGAGCAGGGCAAUUCCGAUUUGCUGCUCCUGGAGCUCCUGGCGAAUACUCGAGGCCAAAGCUCCUGUAGCUGGGCCAAACGACCAUGGAGAUGGCACUAGCGGCCCCGGCUCCGACUUUCGAGCUGCUGUGGAGAUGAGUGGUGUGUCGGAGGUCGCACAUCGAUUUCAAUAUCACCGUGGACAGUUGGGUGGGCACAGAUCUGGACGGGAACGGCCAGUCCGUAUCCCUCGCUAGGCCUGGAGCGGCGGCGACACUGGUCUCGGAAUGGAGAUGACGAGGCCUGGCUGGUACUUGGUGUCAAACCCCGGCUGGUGCACCGGCGUAUGGCAGACGGCAUAUGGCGGUGGUGUUGACGGUGGACAAUGACCUGGUGUUGAUGGGCGCAGAUCUUAGAUGUCCAUAUUUUCUUCUUGUGGUUGACAUUUCCGGAUCUAGGAGUUGCAGAUCCCAACCUGAAACUAUAACAGGUGGCUCGUGGUGGCCUGCCGCCGGCAGGGGUGCUAGACCAGAAGUUAGCCCGCAUGACCUGGGACGCCACUGCGGGGCGUUGGUUCUCCGGCCUUGUCUGCGAAAUCCUAGAUUUCUGAUUUUGUUAUUGCUGUAUCUUUUUAUUUUAUUUUUCCAGAACAGUUUCUUACAGUUUGAGCUACAUUUGGUCGGACCGUGACGGGAAGCGAAUUGCGUGAAAGUGGAGCGAGCUUUCAUUAGCCGCCGCCGGCAAGCAACUAGCGGUGGUGCUGCGACUCAGGCGAGGAGCUCCAUGGAUCCGAACAGGCAUCACGACUUGGUACCUUCCCUGUGGGGCCGGUGCUGCCCGGAGCUGAAGCCGGGGAUUGGUGGGUCUAGUGGCGCGGCGACGGAGGUGGAGCAGCCAGCUACGACAAGCAACGCCAAGGUGCAGCAAGACUGUCUGAGAAACAGUUCAACAGAUUGGAAAAAAUUGAAAUUCUAAUUUUUCUUUUCUAGAACAGUUUUGGGUAGAAUUUUUGUGAUUUUGGUAGAGUUUUUGGUUAAGCGGGGAGGGUUUGUCACUUGAUUGUGUUCAAACCUCUCAACGAGAGCACCAUAUGAUGGACAGUCUACCCGGGGGGUGUCUUAUC